UCAUUAGGACAUUCAUUCUCACUGCCAGUUUUGUACGACACAAACUCCGACCAGAGACAACAUGUUCCGCAAAACUCCAGAACAUGGCUCCUCCGGCUUGUCGAAGAAGAAGCAGAAACCAGCAGCCAGCUUGUUGAUAUCCAUGUCGACUUUCAUGGCUUUAUGCGCCGAGAGAGCCGACCUGGUCUCCCGCAAGAUCAAAGCCAAGGCGACGAGGACGAUCAGGGGCACUCAGAAAAAGGAUCCUUCAUCUCCGACGUUCGCUUCCCGGCAGAAGCAGCUCCUGUUGAAGAUAAGCAACAAGGCGGUCGGAUUCAUGCACCGGAAAAGGAUCGGAAAUCACGCCGGCGUCGGGACUGAACCGGAGGAGUGGAGUGACUGUGGGGUCUGGCAAAAGACUAUCUUGAUGGGGGACAAGUGUGAGCCGUUGGAUUUCUCAGGCGUAAUUUAUUACGAUAGUAACGGGAACCAGGUAAGCGAGGAUCCUCUCAGGACGCCACGUGCCGGUCCUCUGCCCGGGUAUAUCUCACUGGCUGGGAAAGCGGAUCAUCUGUGAGCACCACUGUUACCCGCGGGGGAUUUUUCAUGGAGUUCUGCGGCUUCACACCUGUCGUUCGUGUUGGCGUGUUGUGAUAGCAGUGGUUAGGGGCUAGUAAGGCUUGAGGCAACCCCCGGUGAUGGUCUUUUGUUAAUGUUUUUGAAAGGUCGACAGUAAUUGAGGUUGUAUCGAAUUAUAAGGUCUUGUUUUAUGUAGGACACAAUAUUUAAUAAACCUCAUUAAUGUUUUUAGCA